AAGGAGUGAUCACCUUCUUCUCUUCCCCAUCGUGGUGCGCCGAAAAGGAAAACGAGAUAAAUAAGCUCCUCUCUGUAUCCCCAUGGCCUCCUCCUCCUCCUCCUCCUCCUUCUUGUACCCUUCCAUCUCCUCCUCUUCUCAGUCCCCCAAACCCUACCAUCAUCCAUCAUGGACUCCAUUUCUCUCGCUUCCAUCCCCUCCUUCUCGUUUCCCUCCGGACGUCAUGCCUUUGCGCCCAAAGAAGCGUUUUUUCCGAUGAUCUCGGCUUCCGAGGUUGGGUUGGAGGUGCGUGGUGUGUCGCUUGAUAGAAGGGUUAGGGUUUUGACGACGAGAGCUACUGCUGGGGUUAGUUCUCUUGUGGAGCAGUGGAAGACUGAGGAGGAAAAAGAGAGACCUUUGCGGGUUGGAAUCAUCUGCGGAGGACCUUCUGCUGAGCGAGGGAUCUCGUUGAACUCCGCAAGAUCCGUUCUUGAUCACAUUCAGGGAGAGGAUUUGCAUGUAAGCUGCUAUUACAUUGACUACGAGCUUAAUGCAUAUGCAAUAUCACCUGCACAGUUAUAUUCUAAUACUCCUGCAGAUUUUGAUUUCAAAUUAGAGAGCCUUGCACAAGGCUUUCUUUCUUUGUCUGAAUUUGCAGAGCAUCUUGCUGUCUCUGUGGAUAUAGUAUUCCCUGUUAUCCAUGGCCGUUUUGGCGAGGAUGGUGGCAUUCAGGAGUUGCUUGAGAAAGCAAAUGUCCCAUUUGUAGGAACCCCUUCAAAUGAAUGUCGUCAAGCUUUUGACAAGUAUAAUGCUUCUGUGGAGCUCAACAAACAAGGUUUUCUCACUGUACCCAGCUUUCUAGUACAGGGAGACAAACCAGACAAAUCUGCUUUGGCAAACUGGUUCAGAAACAAUCAUUUGGAUGAGUCCACCGGGAAAGUUGUGGUCAAGCCUGCAAGGGCUGGAUCAAGCAUUGGUGUUGCAGUUGCUUAUGGUGUUGAUGAUUCUCUGGAGAAAGCUGUUAAUAUUGUCGCUGAGGGUAUUGAUGACAAAGUUCUCAUUGAGAUUUUCCUAGAAGGUGGUAGGGAAUUUACUGCUAUUGUUAUUGAUGCUGGGACAGGAAUAAAUUCUCAUCCCAUUGUUCUCCUUCCAACUGAGGUGGAGCUCAGUUCCUCUAACAACAAUGAGGCUAUAGAGGAUACAAUAUUUAAUUACCGGAGGAAGUAUCUUCCAACUCAGCAGGUUGCUUACCACACUCCCCCACGUUUUCCUGUAAAUGUAAUUGAAUGUAUAAGAGAAGGAGCAGCACUGCUAUUCCAGCGGCUACAUCUAUGUGACUUUGCUCGAAUUGAUGGUUGGUUUUUACCUUUGCCAAAUAAUUUGCUAGCAUCUGCCGAAAAUGAUAGUAAAUUUGGAAAUACUGAAUCUGGCACGAUUGUAUUUACUGACAUCAAUUUGAUAAGCGGGAUGGAGCAAACUAGCUUUUUGUUUCAACAGGCUUCGAAGGUUGGAUUUUCUCAUUCAAACAUUCUCCGAACCAUCAUCCAGCGUGCUUGUUUGCGGUUUCCUUCUCUUAGGCCUUGCAGUAAUGCAUGGAAUAAAUUGUCUAGAAGAAUGAAGUCUUCUCAACAUGCUAAGGUUACUCCCAAAAUUGAGCAUACUAAGAAGGUGUUCGUGAUAUUUGGAGGUGAAACUUCAGAACGUCAAGUAUCUCUUAUGAGUGGAACCAAUGUCUGGCUUAACCUGCAAGGUUUUGAUGAUCUUGAUGUACAUCCCUGUUUGCUAGCUCCAGCAAAUGGAUAUUCAUCUACUAAGCAGGAUACAGACAAUAUAGCAAAUUCUAGAAUUGUUUGGACUUUACCUUAUUCCCUCGUCUUACGGCACACUACAGAGGAAGUUUUUGAUGCAUGUGUAGAGGCAAUUGAACCAGCAAGGGCUGCUUUAACGUCUUGUUUACGUGAUGCAGUGAUGACUGAACUCUCAGAGGCUCUAAACCAACAUGCUUGGUUUACUGGAUUUGAUAUAAUUGAUGAACCACCUGUUAAAUAUUCAUUGGAACAGUGGAUCAAGCUGGCGAAGGAAGCUCAAGCAACAGUCUUCAUUGCAGUGCAUGGCGGAAUUGGUGAGGAUGGCACUCUUCAGUCUUUGUUAGAGGCUGCUGGAGUCCCUUACACAGGUCCUGGUACUAUGGCUUCUAAGACUUGUAUGGAUAAAGUGUCUACAUCUCUAUCCCUUAGUCAUCUUACUGGUAUGGGGGUGCUUACUAUACCUAAGGAUGUUCGAAGCACAGAGGAACUACUGAGUUCUCCUAUACCUGAUAUUUGGCGUGAUUUGACCACAAAGCUUCAUUCUGAAACAUUGUGUGUGAAACCUGCUCGUGAUGGAUGCUCAACUGGAGUUGCUAGGUUACGCUCAGAUGAAGAUUUAAAGGUUUAUACCAAGGCAAUCCGUGAUUUUCUUCCUCGGCUUCCAGCUAAUAGUUUGUCAAAGGCACAUGGGGUCAUUGAGAUGCCAUACCCUCCUCCACAAUCUUUAAUUUUUGAACCUUUUAUUGAGACUGACGAGAUUAUUGUUUCAUCCAAAUCAGUGGAUGACACUGCUCGCCGACUCAUGUGGGAAGGACACAGUGAAUGGGUUGAAGUGACUGUUGGUGUGGUGGGUAAACAUGGACAAAUGCAUUCUCUGAGUCCUAGUAUUACUGUUAAAGAAUCUGGCGACAUUUUAUCCCUGGAGGAGAAAUUUCAAGGUGGUACUGGCAUCAACCUGACUCCACCGCCGCUGUCAAUUAUGAGUGAAAAUGCUUUGCGAAAAUGCAAACAGCGGAUUGAACUUAUAGCAAAUACCCUGGAAUUGGAAGGUUUUUCACGCAUUGAUGCAUUUGUAAACGUGCACUCUGGCGAGGUGUUGGUGAUCGAAGUCAACACCGUACCAGGGAUGACGCCGUCAACCGUCUUAAUUCAUCAGGCACUUGCAGAAGAACCAGCAAUGUAUCCACAACAAUUUUUCCGAACAUUACUCGACUUGUCUUCGCAGAGAUCCAAUUAAAGCCCGAAACGAAGAAAAAUGGCGCAAGUGCAAGUUAAGCAAGUUUAAGUCCAUGCCAUCAGAAAACAGAAAGCCUCAAUAUUUAUGUUAUGAAGUUUGUUUAGUGUUGUAUCUUAGUAAUCAGGUAUCAAUAAGUAAGGAUUUCUGUUUAAUUAUUAUCUAUGGUCAACUUGUAUGUUCAGCACUCAAAUAAUAAGUUCCCAAGAAAUGAAGAUCUUCUUCAUUCAAUAA